UGUUUGCGUUAGGACGUUCGUGGCUGGCGGCGUGCGAUUAUUUUAAAUCAUUCGAUUAUUUUUAAGGUUGGUGGCGUCUGGCGGAUUGUUUUGUUUUAAAAAAAACCACCAUCGGAGAAGAAAUGUGACUCGACCGCGCAUGAUUAACGGUGUCCUACUCGUUAUGUUUUGGCGGUGAUUCGCAUACUAGAGCUAUUUUCUCCGACACUUACUUUACAAAGCAUUGCGCCGCCGCCCGGUUCGCGGAGAAGUCGUGUGAGUUUACUUCGGUGGUGUUUAUUUCCAUUAAGUGUACAUCAGCACAUUGCUGUUGUUUUUGUGGUUAUUUUCUGUUUUGUUAGUUGUGACAUGCACCAUCCUGGAGAAAUAUUGCUGGCAGAGGUUCUGAUCAGAACACGAAACACUGACUAGCUAUAACAGUGAUAAAGCGCCGCAAUGAAUCUUAAUUGGACUGUUGAAAAUAAAUGCAUAAUGAGUUGAUGACAACACGUUGAGUGGAAGGAACUGUGAAGUGAAACUGAGUAGAACAAAAAUACCAACAUUAAACGGAUGGUUAUUUAGUGGACAUUCUCGGUGUUAGUUAGAUCAUUGUUGCGUACAAUGAGCCUGCGCUAUCGGCUAUUGGUGCUAAGUGGUUUAGCGGUAGUUGCUUUUGGAUGGAGUACUGGGACCCUGGAGUACGAAAAUGACAGCUCAACUCAACCGACUGUGCAUAAUAUUUCCGAUAUCUUCACAUGCUGUUCAGAUGUUUACGGCUCGUGUAAAACGGCGUGCGAAAGCUUAUCUCUAGUCAAGCUCGCAACCGAUGUCAACACCAAAGAGUGGAAGCUACACGACAUUCGCCGAUAUUGUCAUCCCACGCUGUCACCUUUCUGGGAUUGCCUAAAUACCACACUGCGGAUGGUUCAGCGAGGUAUCACCUGGCCCGGUCGAUUGUGUUGCUCUUUCGGAAUGUCACUGAAAUGCCAGAAUUCGUGUGCCGUUGGUUCAAACCAGAAUGAUUUGAUGAUUGGUUGCCGCCACAGCGAUGAACAGACAAUGUUUAGUUGCAUUCAACGACAGGAGGAUGGUGAUCGAUGUUGUGCAAGCGCCCGAACCUCAGAAUGUUUACUGGCCUGUAAGGAUAUAUUCCGAAGUCAACAAACACCUACCAAACAGCAGCGAGAGUUAGUACAAAGCACUUGCACUAUCAAUAACAGCAACAUUCUGCAGUGCAUCAGAUCGUAUAUUGAGGUGACCGCGAAUAGCAACCUGAGGCGCUAUCUUCCAUGUUGUGAUCACACGUCAGAUAAUGGGUGCAAAAAAGCAUGUCGAGACACGUUGAUGGAUGGCACCAGCACUGAAGAAGAAACUCUCGAUAUUCUGCAAUCUGCAGGAUGUGGGGUGCCUUUGCCGCAUGAUCCGUUGUGGAAGUGUUUCUUUUCAUACGAACAGAAGAAGGCAGUUCCCGUAAACUCAAACGAGAUAUCCCGAAUCAAUCAGGUUGGCAUGGAUUCGGCCAAAUUGCAUUGUUGCCUGAAAGCAAAUUCUUCCAGAUGUCGCCGAUUUUGUAUUGCAACGUAUUCCAACGAGUGGACCACUAAUUUGGCGGAAUUUGAAUUCAGUUGUUUGUUGUCCACGGAAGAAUAUUAUAUGAAGCAAUGUAUCGAAGAGGUUGAUGAACCGUGCGAGAUUGGUUGCGAUGGAUUGUCCUACUGCAGUAAUUUCAACAAUCGUCCAACGGAGUUAUUUCGAAGCUGCAGAGCACAAUCGGAUAACGCUGCUCGGAGUGAUGUUGAACAGUGGCGGGAACAGCAAUACAUUAGUCUUCCAGGGGUCAACUUACCAAUUCGGAACGUGAGUGAUUGUUCAGUUGAAAUAUGGAAAUCAAUCGCGUGUCUUCUGCAAGUGAAACCAUGCACUCGUAGUUACCAUACGAACCGUAUUUGUCAAGACGAAUGCUACGAGAUACUGGGACGAUGUGUUGACUGGAAUCGGAUGACAGCAAAACAUUCUGUGGCUUCAUUGUGUGAGAUGUUUUCACCGGAGGAUAAUAGUGAUUCCGAGUGUGUUUCACUGAAACGCUUCCAGGAACCGAGUGAAGCUCCACAUAGAAAUACGGAUGUGGCUUUGGUGUCACCAUGUAAGGGUAACCCCUGCAAUGAAACUCAAGUAUGUACCAUCAAUCGUGAUGGAAACUAUGGUUACACGUGUGUUAACGGUUGUGCUUUGGGUGAAGCAUCAUCCUAUUUAGUACCAGAAGGAACUUUUGUACGGAUUCCUGUUUCAGACACUACGAAAGGCUGUUUGAAAGUUUGUCGAUGCGGUUUGUACGGAAGAAUUGAAAAAUGCCAACCAUUACCUUGCAUAAGUUAUGAUUCGUGUGUGUUGGCGGGGAAGAGAUUUCUGCAUUUAUCCUUUUUCUAUGUGGAAUGUAACAUCUGCAGUUGUUUUGCUGGAGAAAUUACCUGUACGAAAAAACAGUGUCGUAUGCAGGGAAUCACUUCCAACAAAUCGUUCACUAGUCUACCAUGCAACUGUCCUGCGCACUAUGUUCCCGUUUGCAGUCGAAACGGAAACACAUAUCCGUCGGCAUGUAUUGCCAAAUGUUCCGGAGUUCAAGAUGGAGAUAUUAUAUUCGGACCAUGUCGUGCGCGGGAUCCCUGCGAGGGAGUGAACUGCGGACCAUUGGCAGUAUGCAUUCCGGACAGAAAUAUUUGUCUGUCGAGUAUGCACAAACCGUGCCCUCAGCAUCGAUGCGUCAGCUUAGCAUCUGCCAAUUGUUCCGUGAUCACCUCGAUUCGCGAUACCAAGUUAAAUUUCUAUCCGACAAUUUGUGAUCUCGCCAAAUCGAAUGGUAUCUAUGCGUAUCAAGAAAAAUACUUCAAGCAUUGCGAGGUCUCCCGCAAACGGACCCAAGUCUGUGGUGUCAACGGAAUAACAUACCGAAGUGAGUGCGAAUCCUGGAGUGAUUUUUCCACAGUUGACUAUAAUGGACCCUGCCAAGAGGUGGGAGUGAUAGGCCCACAACUGGGUGCGAAAUGUUCCUCAAUCAAAUGUCCAAAGCGUAAAUCGUUCGAGUGUAACUGGGUGAUUCCACCUGGUGCUUGUUGUCCCGUUUGCGGUACGGCCAUCAGGAUUGUUUAUUCCCGAAAACAGAUCGAUCGAGCACUGUACGCACUAAAAGGAAAGAAUACGGAAAAUUUAACGUUAAAGGCCAUUUUGAGAUCUCUCGAGCGCCUACUGCAAACCGUGGAAUGCCGCUUGAGUGGGCAGCUUACAUUUGAGAAUGACAUUUUCGUGAUCGUCGAAAAUCUUAGCAGCCGACCGAACUAUUUGCAAGUAGAAAUCUGUACUCGUGAGGCAGAAAAGCUGGUUACUUUGAUUAGAACGCAAAGUCACAGAAUUACCAGUGAAUUGAACUUAAGUGCGCUAACCGUGGCCAACUUAGUUCGAUUGAACGGUGAUAGUUCUACAAGCCGAAGUGAUUUCAAUUUCUGGUUCGGUUUGUCACUUGUGUCAUUCAUUUUGUACAUGUAUUUUAUUGAUAGGUGACCUUCUUCAUUUUAAAAUUCAAAGAUGAUUCAUGAC